GCCGCCUUUCACAUGAACAGUAUUGGUCUUAUUACAUUCCCUUUUUGCCCCCUAUCUGUCUGCUCCCUAGACGCAGGCUUCCCUUUACAAAUUGCCGACAACGCUCCAGGAAAAGGAAUCGUUUACCACUCAUCUCUAAAGAAGCCAUUUAUUCUUUUUUUUGUGCGCUUCGAUUAAGGUCAGUGUUGGUCCAAUCUGUGCUCCGCUUACAAGCGUCUUUACCGCGUGUUUUCACCCUGCCUUUUUGGGGGUUUAGGUGUGUGUCUGCUCGUGCUGCGGGCUACAUUUGCAGACAUGCCCAUCAAAGCAGUCUUCACAGACAUGGAUGGCACGCUGCUGAACCCCAACCAUCGAAUCAGCGGCUACACCGCGAACAUUCUCCGGGGCCUGAAGGACAAAGGCAUCCAUUUGAUCGUCACGACCGGGCGGCCCUACGCAGACGUGUUCGCCACGAUCAGCAAGUGCCGGCUCGAGCCGGAUUUCAUCAUCACCAGCAACGGAGGGCGCAUUCACGAUGGGAGCCUUAACGUUGUGAGGGAGUGUAAUAUUCGCCCAGAGCUCGUCGCGAAGAUUGCGCAACUGCGCGGGGUGUGGAACGAAAAGACCGGCGCAGUGGAGAAGAAGUUCGCCACGAACAUCUACCGCGAAGCGGAGUGGCUGACCGACAAGUACGUCCCGCAGGCGAAGGCAGCGUUUAACGAUGAAUUUCCUUGCAAUGCUCUCGGAGAGAAGUUCUACGAGUUGCAGGCGCAGGAUUUAAAGGGCGUGCACGAGGCGUGGUUUCUCGGCCACCACCACGACCUCGAACCCCUCUACACGUACCUGAAGACGACCUUCAGCGGUGAGCUUUGCUGCACCUACUCGUUGCCCUACCUCAUAGAUUGUGUGCCGGUCGGUGUAACCAAAGGCAACAGUAUACGAGAGGUGGCCGAAAUGUUAAAUGUCCAACUGGAAGACGUGGCAUGCUUCGGUGAUGGUAUGAACGACGAAUCGAUGCUGCAGAUCGCUGGCAAGGCGUACAUCAUGGAAAACGGUCAGCAAGGCUUAAAGGAUGCGGUUCCCCACGCCGAGGUGAUCGACUCUAACGCAAACGACGGUGUCGCCAGGAAGCUGGAGGAGCUCUUCUUCUCCAACUGA